CCGUGUGCGCCAUGGAGACCCCGCCCCCGUCUGUAGUGCCGUGCGCUUUGUGUCAAAGUCCUGUUUGAGCUGGAACGAAGCGGGGCACAAAUAACAACCUGCUCCGACCUCUUAGUUUUACACGGAAAUCUGCUUCGGAUUUCUAAGUUUCGAUAGAACAAUGCACGCCGUGAGCUCUGAGAAUGUAUUUUUGUCCGCCUUGCAGCCCAACACAUCGGUCACCACGUAUGGGCUCCCGUCUGAAAUCCAGCUGGGCAAUGGAAGCUCCAUGUCGGACGAAGUCGCACGGGCUAAGCGUGUUCAGCAGCAGGUCCAGAUGAGACUGGCAGAGAAGUCCACACUUCCGCGUCAGAAUGGAUCCGCUGCGCACUACGCCAUGUCAGACUACGGUGGUUCUUCCACACUCAAAUAUCAGACAUAUCAGCCAAACUUCACCUCCAAGUCCUCGUACAUGCACUCGAGCGGAGCCAGGACCAUGGGCCCUCGUAUAUCCCAGAGGACCGGCUUCAGCUCUCAGUCCGCAGGUGCAGAUCUGGCACAGUUACAGCGCAUGAGCAUAGGGGGCAGGGGGGGCGGUGGUGGGGGGUAUUACAGAGAAGAGAUGAAGACUACAUAUAAUGGACCCCCUCCUGGGAUGCCUAGGCCCACAAAUGACCUGGAGUCCGCCUCCAUGCACUCUAUGCGGCUGGUCAACCCCUGGCCAAUAGAUGACAGUGAUGCAGCCAGUAUGGCCUCAGACCGGGAUGGUGUCUUUAACCGCCAGUACACUCAGAGUCAGAGUGCUAUGAAUGGAUAUCAGGUGCGGCAGGGUGGGACACUCCCUGGCUCGAUGCACAGAUCCCUCAGCGGGACACUGUCUCGGGGAGGAGGUAUGAUCGUAGGAGAGUCAGAGAUGGUCGCUCAUCAGAAUUCAUUUAAGGGGCCAGCGCACCGCACAAUCAGCAGGAUUAAUAACCGCAAUAGAACGAGCAUGAGCUCCAUGUCCGGGACCCUCCAGCGACCCAUGUCUGUGGGAGGGGGAAGUGUCUACAGCUCAGGGGGGGACAGAGUGGACCGAGGCUUCCUGGUAGCAUCAAACACCUCCUGUGGCUCUGGAGGACGGAUGUACCAAGGAGGUACUCUGCCUCGCACCAUGUCCAUCAAGAGCAUUCACAGUGUGGGCAGAGGAGUGGACAUCUACAAUGGCCAGAAUGAGAUGGGAAUGAGUCUGGGAAACCUCAGUGCCAUCAACAAUUUGGACAUGCCCACAGCUGUCAUGAACCUGAGAGAACCAGACCCCGAAGUGCAGGUCAUCGGAGCGGCCUACAUUCAGCAUGAGUGCUACAGUAACAGUGAUGCCAAAAAUCAGGUCCGCCAUUACAAGGGCAUACCUGAACUGGUUAAACUGUUCAACAGUGAGAACCAGGAGGUGCAGCGUUAUGCCACCGGUGCCACUCGGAACCUUAUCUUUGAAAACAUGGAGAACAAAGUAGCACUGAUCGAAGAGGGCGGCAUCCCACAAUUGGUGGAGGCCCUGAAGGAACAGGACGAUGAGCUCCACAAAAACAUCACUGGAAUCUUCUGGAACCUAUCCUCCAAAGACAACCUGAAGGAGAAACUGGCCAAAGAGACCCUUCCUGAGCUGACAGAGCAAAUCCUGAUUCCACUGUCUGGAGGUGGGAAUGCUGAGUCUAUCCACCAGAGCCCCUCUGAGGUCGAUAUCUUCUACAAUACCACAGGUUGUCUCAGAAAUCUUAGUUCUGUGAAUGAGAAAACACGUCAGCAGAUGAGAGAAACCCAUGGACUUGUAGAUUCAUUGGUGGGAUACAUCGAGGCAUCACUUGAAGAUGGCAAGACUGAGGACAAGGGAGUAGAAAAUGCUGUUUGUGUCCUGAGAAACCUGUCCUAUCAGCUUUAUAAUGAGAUGCCCCCAUCCGCCCUGAUGCGCCUGGAAGGGCCAACCAGAGGCCAGGACACAGGGAAAGCUGAGCCCAUUGGCUGCUUCACACCACAGAGCAAGAAAGCCAAAAAGAAACAGGUGAAUUUGUCCACUCUGUCGGAGGUGUCUCGGGUUCCUAAAGGUAUGGAGUGGCUGUGGCAUCCUCGGAUUGUCAACAUUUACAGCCGAGUGCUGCGUCAGUGCGAGAUCAACUCCACCACAAGAGAGGCCGCAGCUGGAGCCCUUCAGAACAUCACCGCGGGAGACAAACGGUGGGCGUCAGUGUUGAGUCAGCUAGCUCUGGAGCAGGAGCGAGUGCUGCCCCUCCUGUUGGACCUCCUCAGGACCAACAAUGACCUGGAGCUGAGGUCCAUCACAGGCCUGCUCCGAAACCUGUCCCGCCACUCCAAGGACAAGAAUGAUAUGGCUACAAAAGUGGUCAACAACUUAGUGACAAAGCUCCCUGAUGAUGGGAAUCAAAAAGAGCCAUCCAGUGAUGUUGUGGUAAACAUCUGUGGAAUCCUCAACAACCUGGUCACCAGCAGCGUCAUGGCCGCCAGAGACAUCACCUUUUUCGAUGGUUUGCCUAAACUGGUGGGCAUACGAAACAGCCAUAACAACACUAAUGAGAAGAGUAGAGCAUCCAAAGCAGCAGCCACUGUCCUCAAUAACAUGUUUCAAUACAAGAAACUGCACAAAGACUACAGACAGAAAGGGUUUUCCAGAGAGGAUUUUAUUGACAAUACCAUCUGAUGUGGUGAAGUCUUCACUUGCAAAAUAGAAGAUAUUUUUCCAGGUGCAUGGAAGUCAAUGAACUGUAAUAUUAUAAAUGCACAGAAUUUAUCAUGAAUGAGAUUAUAAAAACAUUGUAAUUAUGGACAAAAAAAAUCCCAGAAGUCUUUGGACUGGACAUUGAGAUAUGGAUCCCACUGUGGACUGCAAAUGGACUUUGGUACCAAAGUGUGCACCUUAACUGUUUAAUGUACUAUGUUAGUUUAAACAUAAUGCAUCUUGUUGUGGAUAUUUUACCAUACUAACCUACUUUUAAAAGUUUGGAUUUUGUAUCUAAAGGAUGCUAUCAGUUCUCCAUAUUGUGUGUAAAUACUAUUUUAAUACUGUUCUGAACACUGUAGGUUUGCAUUUUUACAUUUGGGUAAAGAGGUAUGUUCUUUAAUGAACAUCUAUUUUUGUACAUGAAAUUCUAACAUUGAGUUAUAUAAUUUUUGUAUAAAAUAAAUAAAAAUGACAAAUGUAAAGCUGGGGUAAAGGUAGUGCCAUGUGCCUGUUAUAUAAUGUGUUGAUAUGUGCCUAUACCAUUCAUUGUUGUUUUUACAUUCAAACUGUUUUGACAUGUCACUGUAAUUGCUAUUUUAAUGUGCUGGGUGAAGGACUGCAUUCCUUUAAAAUAUUUUAAUCUUUGCAAAUACAAUGUUUGUUUAGAGUACCCUUUCUAAAUGAGUGACUGCAGAGUGAAAGAAAGAUGUAUUUCAGACCAGUAUAAAAUUCACUGAAUGUAUUCUGUUUUUACAGCUUUCAGAGCACUGUGGCUAGCUGGUGACAUGCUUUGUGUAUUGUUUUCAUAAUACUGGUUAUUUGUAAGAACUUGUUGGAUGUGAACAGACGUAUCAUCAGGAUAUUUUGAUUCAAUAAAGAUGCAGAAACAAGGCC